GUUUAACUAUGUGCUUUCGCACAGCCACAGGCUCUUUGACGCGAAGCAAAGUGAUAGGUAGGUCAUCGGCAUUAUUGGAAAGACUUCAGUUGUCGGGCUCGGGCCUAUUUUUCUACGCGAAACUCGUAUCCUCAACCUUCACCUUAAAAUCCAUAGAGGUUUGUUUUCCGCAAUGUCAAUAGUUUCGACGCAGCUGCAAUAGAUUCUUGCCCUUAUAGUAGACCAAGUGAGGAAUUCGAAAGAUGAAGAGGCCAGCUUCGCGCUUUAAGCGCCGACCUGCUUUGUUUUCGGCAAUUUGACCACCCGGGAAGGCCUCGAGGCAGCGCCAAGUAUUAUCUGAAACAAGACUACACAGGCACCGGGGCUGGGGGUCCGCGAAAUUCGCAAGAUGCCGAAUGUGGUCGAUCCUCCUGGCAGCUCCCUCGGACUGCAGCCGGCAGCCGGCCAGCAGCUGAUUUGUUUGGAGGAUUUUGAGAUUGACACGCGGCUGGAGCAGGAGUUUGACCCCGUAAAAUGGCUGAACGCGCGCACGCUUUCCGGGAGCAGUAUCAAUUCGCUGUCUACCUCGCUGCAGCUCCUGUGCCAGGAGGAGCAGGAGAACGUCGACCACCUCUCGACGAACUUGAUCGAAAAGUUUCCGGCUACGCUGUACCACUUGGAGCGCCUGAAAAAAGAAGUGGACCAAGGGCAGAAGCAAGUGCAGAAGGCCAUCAAGGAACUAUCCAAGGCCGGUAAGGACCACUCUUUCGGGCUUCUAAAUGACAUGGCACUCACCAAGGAAAGGCUGAUGGUCGCAAAAGUCGCAUUGCGCGAACUGCAAACCUGGGACAAGAAGAUUCAAGAGGUACUUACUCCACUGUGCCUUUUGUUCUGGGAUCAUGUGUGCUGAAUGGCGCUUGAAGAGGUACUUUUACUCAGAAUCCAUGUUGAGGACCUCGCAUGUUGAGGACCUCGCAUGUUGAGGACCUCGCAUGUUGAGGACCAACAGCAAGAUGGACGAGCGAACGACAAAACAUCAUAUCAAUUUUUUUGGCACCAUCGCUCGUAGAUAGUCGUGACGUGAAAUCUAGUACUAUCGUACUACAACCUUCAGGUCGACGACUUGCUUCGCGGCGGGGAGCUCGUGGAGGUGAUCGAGAAAAUCCGCGGCGCGCAGGAAGUCUGCGAGUGCUUUGAGGAGCUCCCCGAGUACGAGCUGCGUGUGAACAGUUUGCGGAAUUUUGAGGGCGAGCUCCACACGCUGGCUCGGAGAAAGCUAAGCCUCUCGCUGGAGCAGAACACGGGAUCCAGUACAACCGGCAUGAACGUCGACCUGCAGCAGUCGUUUGAGGUCUUCCUCAAGUGCGACUUGCAACCGGAGCUGAAUCAGCUGGUGUGCCAGCAUUUCGAGAAUGUGAGCCGGAAAUUUGACAGCGUCGUGCGAAACAACGCGACCAACGUGAGUUCCAUGGGGGAAGCCGUCCGGAACUGUUUCGAGCAGCUGACCGCGACGAGUCGCGAGGUGCUGCGAGCCAGCGAGAUCGUCUCGAUGAAUUUACAGCAGGAGGAGCAAUACGGCGCAGCUCUACAACAUCAACCUGCGUCCGGUUCCAGCAAGACGACUACCGGCACGGAGCAGAAGCACGCCAUCGUGCACUUGCACGACCAAGACGCCGUGCAACCGCACGACCCCGCACACCAUCCGUCUUCCUCCUCCUCCGCACACCUGCCAGGCGGCUCUGCAGUCGGGGGCGCAAGACCCUUGGAUCCGGUGACCCGCAAGAAGGCGGUGUACCAGAAACUCAAGCACCGCGCGCGCCUACUGGCCGCGCAACAAUCGGCGUCUGGCGUGGACGGACGAAGUCCCGCACAGCAACUGCACCCGACGACGUCGGAAAUGGACCCCGCUGGCGUCGGCAACGUGCAGGGGGGAGGUACUUCCCCGGAUGUGGACAACAUGGCAGAAAUGAGUGUACUAGUUUCAUCGCGCGGAGGGCGGAGUACAACUACAGCAGCAUCAAGACGAGAAAGCUCCGGUGCUGCAGAACCGGACGAGAAACUGGUGGACUUGCCGAAAGCGUUGACCAUCGCACUGAAUACGCUGCACGAGUCCUUGCUGCAGACGUUGGAAGCGUCCUCGCUGGCCAGCGCCGGAGGACUCAUGGGAGUCGAAGAACACCACUUGCAAACGAGCGGGGAAGAGAUUUUGACGAGGCGCACCAGCAGAAUACUAGGCAUGUGGAUCAGCUAUGUCGACGGGUGCGACCAACUGAGCGCAUCCUUGGAGGAGCAACCAGCAUCGGUUUUCUCCGUUUACCAGGCCUUUCCGCUCUGGCUGCUGCUGGACACGGUAAAAAGUGUGAUGCGCGGAGUAUUUUUCCAUGUACGACAAUGUCACUCAGUACAGAACUGUUUCAUCUUUCACAAAAAAGAACAUCAUACAUGUGCAGAGGAUUAGUUUCUUACCACAGGUGAAGUACGUGUACCAGCCCGGGCUCAAGGAUUGUGUUGUUGCUGGUACCGAAACUACGUCAAGUGCAGCCAACAAAAUGGCCAGCGAAGCGCUACUGCAGGCAGAGACGGAGGCAGUGAAGCAGAUGCAAAAUCUGCUGAAAUUCGCAGUCAAGGACGAUGUUUAUCUACUUGCUUGCGUGCCUUUUCUCGCCGUCGCGGCCAUUGAUUGGAGCUGUGCUGAGUUUCUGGGCGAAAAGCUGUCGCCGCUCGGGGAUAUCUUCCGAAAUACCAUCGUUGAAAAAUCGCUGAGCAACGCGAACCAGAUCGAUUCCACUGUGUUAAAUCUGUGCCUGGGUUUCUACAAGGUGCUGACGCAUGUCCAGAAGCAAAUCACCAACGAACUUGAGACGCCACUGCUGGCGCGGCUCGCCUCCCAAAAAGAUGCAGUACCCUACCCGCACUUCGCUCGAGGGCUCGAGCUCAAGUUCCGUAGAGAAGGGAUCAAACAGGUACAAGUGAUAAAGUCCGUGUUUUCGUCUUCGUUCUACGGGAAAAAGAAUUUAAAAUAUCCAGGAGAAAGCAUGUUUCUCUGUAGCCAAAACUCAGUUUGAAAUCUGUUACACGUCCUAUACCUAACAGCUGCAGUCCGAGUUCAAGAACUUCAGGCUGGACGAAGGGAACCCAGGCAUGCGGCAGUCGAAAAGUACGAUCGAGACGCUGAUUCACCGGUCGCAUGGACUUGUUGUGACCGCGUGUGUAGCGCCCAUCCAGAACGUCUUGCAACCCUACGCGACAAUGAAAGCGACGUGGGAAAAACUGGAUGGGGAGGGUAUUUGUCAUAUUUUCACUCGAAAUUGCGGAGUCGGUUCUUGCAGCAGAAUAAUGUUUCUUCAAAUUCAAAAAACAUUCAAAGUUGACUUCAUUCAGUGACUCUGCAAGAAUUAUUAUUGUGGUUGUAGUAGAUCUUCGUGAGUUUAAAUUUAUUCGGGCGCUUCCGUUCCUUUGGGACAACAUGCACAACAUGCGUUUACUUGUUUCUUUUUCUGUCAUUACCCGACUGGUGCAAGAGCAUGCAUAUUGCAAUUCAGAUUUCGCGAGACUGCAGAUCGAGCUCCAGCCUGGUUCUUUCUCGCCGCAGCAGAGCAUGACCAGUGUCGGCGAACAGCUUUUCGGUAUGGUGCCGAUGCUGGAACACAGUGGGUUGGUCGAAGAAUGGUUGCAGGCCGCGUUGCAGGAAGUGGCGCGGAUGAUCGUGUCCCACGCGUUGCAGAUUUCACGUCUGAGUUGCAAGGGCCUAGCUCAGCUCACGUGCGACCUGGAGUACGUCUACAAUGUGAUUUCGGCGCUGUGCCACGAGGGCGACGAGGAGCAAAAGGCGCUCUUCACGCUGGUCACAUGCAGCAAGCAGCUGCUUGAGCAUUUAUCAGCCAACCUUAGCAGUGCCGCUGCGACGUCUACACCCGGUAAAGGAAGUCCCGUCGUUGCGCUUCUUGAGCAACUGGAGCAGACUGCCCCACCAUUUCAGGCAGGCAGCGGACCGGUAGAUCUCAGCGCAAAGUACGGCCGAACGCUGCGAAACAUGAUGCGCACGUACCACAAUCACACGACUACAUCAAUUGCGGGGGGUGCGGCGGGCGUACUGCCUGGAGGUGCUGACGUCAACGUGGGUAACAUUUGACCUGGGCGCUUCUGAGUCACGCGGUUCUCCAUCUGCCAGCGAUCCAGUAGAGCAGUGCUGGAAGCCCAAGCCGCACUAAUUCCAAGAAAGUGAAAAGCAGGUGGACAAUUCAGACGUGGAAGAUUAAACACAACAAUGCACCAUAAGCGCAACGCUGCUCCUUUGAUUUUCCAGAAUGAUUAGUGCACGCGCGGCUCGCUCGGUUUGCAAAGCCUUGUGCAUCGGAAUGUGGUUCAGGCUAGAAAUGCUCUUAGUUUGAUGUCUUGGUUUGAGCCGCAUGCGCAGAUCAUCGAGUUGUCUCCUUCAGGUGGUCAUGAUACCGCUGACGAUCUUAAACAAGCAGCGAAGGUUUUCAUUGGCAACAUUUUCCUGCUACCAAUUCUGCUCAGGAGCAUCAGUCGUCCCGCGUUGAUUCGCCCCCGUACCGAUCGAUCUCAAAAAUUGUC